UUAUUUUUGGGUUACGUUCGACGGAUACUUUGCUUUGCUGCACGUGUUAUGGCAUGUGUCUACAACAUUUUAUUCGUCUUCGAUGCAGAAUAUUAUGAAUGAUUAUUUUUGUAUGAAGUUCACGAAUGUAUAUAUUAAAUAUGUCUAUUUUUUACACGAAUAUUACCCGAACAAUAUUGUUGUAAGUGAAAAAAUAUUUUGAUGUUAUUUUUUUAGUAUAGAAUCUGAUUUAGAAUGUCACUGAGACGUGCUCGAAUAAAAGCUGUAGCAAAUUUACCGGUUCGUCGAAAGGUUAACACAGAAAGUCAAUCACUCGCAAAUGAUGUCACGACGGAAACAAAUAAUGAAAAUAACCCUCAAGAAAUAACAGCUGAUUCAGAUAGUUUAAUUCAUCCAGCGCCUUGUAUAAAUAAUAAUAUUGAAAUCAACGAUCUGAAAAAACAUGAGUUAAUAUCAUCUUCGAAAGAAGCGCCAACACAGUUACAAGAGGGUGAAAUUAAAACUUCUGAAACAAAAUUGCGCAAUGAUAAAAACUCUUAUUCGGUUUCCACAAAUGACAGUGAUACAACAAAGGAAAAUGAGAAUUCUACAAACAUUAAUCCAAGUGUUGCUAAAGAAAGUCAAAGACUGCAAUCUCGCAGAAUCACUAAACCAGUUAUUAAUAGGAGAUUACUUCAAACGCCUACUCAAAAGCCUGUUCCACAGACAAUUGUUCUUUUGUCCCCGGAUGCUUCGAGCACACCUAACACGAUAAUUAAUGAUAUCACACCAACAAAUAAAGAUACUUUAAAUAAAGUUCAUACUGUACCAGGAAUAGAUCCUUUAGUAAAUUGCAACAAAACUAGUUUGUCUGAGUGUGAUAACAAUGAUGUUUUGGAGGUUUCACUUAAUCCUCCUGCUUCACCAACUAAAAACAGACAGAGAAUCAAACCCACCCCUAGAUUGAAUCAUAGAAGAAGUGGGAUACAUGGAAAUGCUAGUGAGUCAGAAGAUGAAUCACGGAAUACUCCAUCUAGUAGAAAUAUUUCUUCGCAAAGUCUUGAUGCUUCACCGCCACUCACAAAAAUUACCCGAAGUGUUGUGAUACCAAAGAGAACAGUACGUCGAACAGAGGUCAGUAAAAAACUUGCUGAAGCAAGAAAAUCUUUUAUUGGAAAGUAUGGUUCCAACACACCAGAAAGAUCUCAGUUAACGGUGUUUGAUAUGAUAUAUUAUAAUCCUUCAGCAAAUCCUAUAAAGAGAGAUGAUAACAUUGUUGAAGAAGAAAGGACUAUAGAUGAUCCUAAAGGUGUUGAAGAGGUUGAACGAGCACAGGAUGAACAAUCAAAUGAAGCUACUGAUGCUGGAACAGAAGAAACUUCAAUGCCAGUUCCACAAAUUAAAAUUGGGCCCAGCGGAGAGAUCAUAUUGGACGAACAAAGCUUGGUAAUUGAAACAACAGGAACUCAAAAGGGUAGAGCAGAAAUAGCUAAUUCUCAUUUAGUUUAUGAUGAUGGAAACACCAAUUAUGGAAUUUAUAAGAAACGCAGGCGGCCCAAAGAUUGGUCGGUGAAUGAAACAUUGCGAUUUUAUAAAGCAUUAAGCACUGUCGGCACAGACUUUAGUAUGAUGUCAUCGUUAUUUGAAGGCAGAUCAAGAAGGGAUUUGAAAUUAAAGUUCAAAAAAGAAGAGAAAAUAAAUUUGACGUUACUGAAUAAGGUUUUAUGCAAUCCACAUCAAUUUGAUCUGUUAAGUUUAGAAGAAGAACUUAAACGUGUGGAAAUAAACCAUGUCAAAAAGAAAGAUAAACCACCAAAAGCCGAGGUGAUAAAAAAAGUUGUUGAAAAAAAACCAAGACCGCGAAGGAAAAGACACGCUAAACUUCUUGAAAUUGUGAGUUCUGAUGUUGUUAGUGACAGUGAUGACAGCAAUGAAGAUAAUGUUCAAUCUUCUCAGAGUAAAGAAAUUUUAUUAAAUCCUGUGGAUGAUGAACACUUAAGGGAAAUUAAUAAAAUAAAAAUUAAUACCACAAAUGGAAUUGUGAAUGAAUCAACAUAUGUGCAACAAGUCAAUACUGAUUCCUUGCAAUUCAAUAAUAUGUUCACUGAGCAUGACAAUACUAAUCUAACUUCAACACCAAAGCCGCUUAAUAAGAGAGUUCUUGAAGAUCUAAACAUCAAGGUGUCUAAUAAAAAGUUAAAAAUUUGUGAUAAUGACAUUGAAAAAGAUUGUAAUGCAUUUACAAUAAUCAAGAGUGUUGAAGAUCGGCAACAUAAUCUCACAGAAAUAGAUGAGUAUAUUAAAGAAAACAAUACUGCCAGUAAUAGUACAAAGAAAAAUAAUAGUGAUGGAACAGACAUAUCUGACAUAACCGAAUUAGACAAUUUAAAUUUGACAGUCAAUGACAGUAUAUUGAACAUAAGCAAUUUAGAUGAUGAUACCAAUGUUAGGGAAAGUUUGUCAACUAAUAAUUUAAUUAUUUUAUCUACAAAUGACUCUAAUAAAAAUGACAUGGCAAAUAAUGCAAUAAAUUCUUUGAAUGAUGUUCAGCAAUUACCGUUCAUUCAAUGUGGUGCUACAAUUGAAAAUAUUCCACUAAAUUCCGAUUUAUCAAAUAGAAAUGAUAAACAAAAUUCAAUCUCUUUCGUCAAUGAAAUUUCAGAUGUAAACAUUUUGAACACUGGCAAUGGAAUCAUUACUCUACCUUUUUCAGAUAUGCCAGUAAACACUUCACAAUUAAAUAUCACCGAUCUUACUAAUAAUUAUAAUAUGGAUUGUGCUAAAUUAUCUUCAGCCGGUACUGAAAAAUACAAUUUAGAUAAUUCCAUUAAACUAGUUGAUACACCAGUUAAUAAUUUUGUGGUUUUAUCUGUGCCCGAGGUAUCUGAAUCAAUGGAACUGCAUGAUAACUCACUAACAUUUGCAUCUUGUGAUAAAAAUUUGAGUGAGAAAAAUUUAGCAAUUAGACCCCAUUCAGAUAGAAUAUCAUUGCAUGAGAAUGCUUUGGAUUGUUCUGGAAAAGAGACUGAGAUAAACAAAAACAAAGGCAAGUCCAUACCUGAUGAAAAAACCAGUAUCAGCCGCCUUGUUGAUAUUCCUAAACAUAAAACUUCAAAUCGGAAUUUGGAUGCACCAGAGAUUGUAGGUGAAAAGAACAAAAGUCCUACUAAAUAUACGUAUUCCUAUUUCAAAAAAGCAUUUGAUAUUCCGAAGAAAAUUUUUAGAAGAACAUCUGAUAAACCUAAGAAAAACACUCAUACAAAUGGUAAUGUGAUUUCGAAUUUGUCAAUAUUAUCAUUUGUUCCCAAGAAGAAAGUUAUAAAUUCUUCAGAGCCGAAAAAUGUUAGCUCUUCAUCUUCAGGUAUGAAUGAAAAUUUGCCUGCACAAGAUCUGCUCACAUCUACAACUUCUGAGAUUCAAAAAAAUAAUGCUAACUCAAAUUCCCCUGGAAGUAGUUUUAGGAGAUUUAAUAUUGACAGUGCAAAAAGAAAUGCAUUAGAAUCAGCGUCAUCACGGGAAAGUGAAUCUCUUGCUAGGAUGUCGAUAAAAGAAAUAGAAUGGCCAGUAGUUGCAUAUGAUAGAAUCACUGUGCCAGAAUCACAAAAUAACACUAUUGUUUUAUCUUCAGAAGAUGAAGAAUGUAAUGCAAUAAUUGAUAGUAGUUUACCUGAAAAUUUGUCAUCUGAAAAUAACAAAAAUCUAGAAAAAAACACAGAAGUGCAGUCUGUUGUAAUUGGCACUUCUUCACCUCAACAAGUGAGUACCAGCAGUGAAGAUACUCAAGAGGGAUUGAGUAAGGAAACACAAUCAGAAAAACUUUCUAAUACUAAUGUGAUAAGUAAUAUUGAUGAAAUUUUGUUCGAUUUUCCGGAACUGCAUGAUGACUCUGUAGAGCUGGGCGCUCUUGUCAUCAAGACUGUUGAAACUUCAUCAGAUGUGCAAUACAUGGCUUUCAGGAAAUCUGUAGCAAAUGCUGCUGUUUUUAUGGAGAAGUUAAACAUGUCUAACGAUCAAUUACGGUCAAUUGUGGAUAGUAUGAAAGUCAUGAAUUCAAAAGAUGAAAGUUGA